AUGGGGGAAGGCGCAAGGGAACCACAGAGAAGGGGGAUGGAGAGAGGAAAGGGAUUGGAUGAGGAAGGUUAUGGAAACUGCCUACCGUCAGAUGAGAAGCCACCUGCACGCAUGGCAUGUGUGCUGUGCUGCCAUGCCAUGUGCCCCUCACGUGCUGCAUGCCUCCACGCCCAUGUAAGUGGUGGGCUGAGCUUGCCACAUUCGUCUCCUCCCUUCACCUCCCCGUCCUUCUCCUCCCACCCCUCUUCCUUCUUCCCCUCCUCUUCCUUCUCCUCACCUACUGCAUCUCCCCCCCUCCCCUCCUCACCACCUUUGCUCCUCUCAGCCCUCGUCAUCUCUUGCUCCUUCCCUUAUCCCUUCCCUUCUCCCGUCUCUCUUCCCGUCUCUCCUCUCUCUCUCCACCCUUGCCCUCGCCUACCUACUGCUUUCCAUCCACCUCCUAUCUAUCACCCACUGUCCCGUCCGCGCUCUGCCCCCACUUCUGCACCUCUUCCCGCAUGCUUCAUCCUCUACCCACGCCCUUCUCUCCUCCCCCCUGCCCUCCAUCCCACCUUCCCCUAA